AUAAAGCAACCAGUUAGUGCUUCAACUGUCUGUCGUUCAUACAAAAAGUAUGGUAUUUCUCGCCUAAAGCCAACCUAUCACUAUUCUGAGCAACAAGCACUCUUAGGCAAGAUUAAACCAUUAGUAGAUACCAUUAGGAUUUUGCUACCAGAACAAGUUUUAGCCGAAGAUGAAUAUGAUUUUUAG